AUGGAGAGACCAAAUCUACGUGUUCCAGAAAUUACAGAAGAAGAUAAACAAAAUAUAGCAGAAUUAUUAAAAGUAUUCUACGACGAGACAUAUAUCACAGGAGACGACUACCAAACCAAAGAAUGCGUAUUGGAAUGGUGCCGCGUAAAUAAACUGCCCGUCACAACUUUAUUUGACCUCUUAAAAAGCAGCAUCUACAAUGGGGAAUGGUCCUGUUUCCGUGCAUUCUGCCACCAAUACGAAAUCGGCACAUCCACAAACGAGAAACUAGCAUUACGAUGGUACAAGAUCGCCGCGGCAAACAAUGAUUCAUUCGCCGCGAACCAGAUCGGCUGGUUUUAUCAGAAUGGACUGUCGAUUCCGCCAAAUGACGAGAAGGGGAUAAAGUAUUUUAAGAAGUCAGCAAGAGAAGGGCAUCCGCAUGGAUGCUCGAAUCUGGGACAUGCGUAUUGUUGGGGAGUAAGUGUGCCGAAAAAUAAGUAUUCCGCGUUCUAUUGGUAUGUUCGCGCGGCUGAAACUGGGUACCCGAGUGCGUGUGAAUAUGUGGCAAAAUGUUAUCAUAUUGGCUCUGGGUGUGUGAAGGAUCAACACGAGUUUUUAAAAUGGAAGAUGAGACGUGAGAGACGGUUGGAGGAAAUCGAAAAUAUCAAAAAGAAAGCUAAGAAAAGUAGUACAACUAAUUUGUAG